AUGGACUACAACAGCUCUACAUCGUCUGCUCUUUGGUCGGGCCAAUCGCCGUCUCUCGACAAGUCAAGCCAGAUCCUCAUCCGCGAGUACCCUCACCGUGCGAUCGCAAUCGCCUCCGAAUCCCAUGCUCUCAUCCUUCGACAUAGUCAGAGCACCAGCGAAGCCAUUGCGAAUGGGUCCCUCGCCUCCGUUGCCUCCGCCCGUCCACGAUCCGGCAGUUUCGACAACAUCCCUUCCAAGUGCAUGGUGGAGUUCACAUCGCGGACAGACAAACUAUUGCUCGACUACCGUCCCUUGACGUCACGGCCCAUCUAUGGAACUUUGGGGAUGAUCUCGAUUGGGCCGGACGUGUUCAUCUGUGUUAUCACCCAAGCCUCCAGGGUCGCUACUCUUCGUCCAGGAGAGACGGUGGAAAAGAUAGAGAGUGUGCAAUUCUUCUGUUUGAACUCACCAGCUUACGAUGAUGUUUUCCUGCUUGAUGUUCACGAGGAAAUGGAUGCCACGGCAGUGUAUGGCCAACCGCUGGGCCGUAGGGACCCAAUGGAGCAUCCAUGUGUCGAGCUGCAAAAGCUUCUUAGCAACGGGACAUUUUACUACAGUACAGACUUCGACAUUACCAACCGCAUGCAGGACAGGCCAGCUGAUGCCGUAACGUUCGACAUCGACAACUUCGACGAGUCGUUUCUCUGGAACUCAUACAUGAUCCGCCCGCUUGUGGAAUUCCGCUCCAAGCUGCAGGAACAGGAACGAGAUGCGUUGGAUGCCUCGCGGAUCCUGACCUCUGCAAUUCGGGGCUUUUGUAGGACAUGGGCUAUCCCUCAGACCUCGGCCCCUUUGAGGGCUGCCAAGACAGGCCUCCCUUCAUACUUGACCAUCAUCUCACGCGUUGUGUUCUCGUAUGCUCAAGUACGCGGCUCAGUCCCUGUAUUUUGGGAACAGCAAGCCGGGCUGCUGCCAAACCAGCAGAAGAUUACCAUCACACGAUCACCGGACGGAACGCAGCCGGCAUUCAACAAACACUUUUCUGAUCUGGAGCAGGCAUACGGUGCUGUACACGUAAUAAACCUACUCAGCGUGUCGAAGCCGGGAGAGUACGAGCUGACGUCACUCUACCGUACUGGUAUUCGGAACUGCCCCCUCAGUCGGCCAGAGGAGGGCCAAUCACGCGACCAUGCUCUUCUUAGAGCUACCGAGUACGAUUUCCAUGCUGAGACGAAGGGGCCUCAAGGCUAUGAGGCAGCACAUGAGAUCAGGCGUUACCUGGAGAGCUCGGCCGACGGCUUCGCAUACUACUUGGCCCACGAAGCAGAUGACGGCGAAGAGAGCGCGGGCUCUGACAAACGUACAUCUUCGCCCAGCCAACGCCGCUAUGUGGUCGUGCUACAACAAGAGGGCGUUUUCAGAACAAACUGCUUGGACUGUCUCGACAGAACGAACCUCAUUCAGACGAUAGUAUCACAAAUGGCGGUCGAGACUUUUUUGGGUCAUCAAGGCGAAGGUGCUGCAUCGGACUUCUGGUCACGACAUGCCAAUCUUUGGGCUGAUAACGGUGAUGCGCUGUCCCGUAUCUAUGCCGGUACCGGUGCUUUGAAGAGUUCCUUCACUCGAUCAGGCAAAAUGUCCUUUGCCGGUGCUAUCGCCGACGUCCGCAAGUCGGCUACCCGAUUAUAUGUGAAUAACUUCACGGACAAACAGCGACAGAUGACCAUUGAUACCCUUCUUGGCAGGAUGAUUGGUCAGGGGCCAGUUCAUCUGUACGACCCGAUCAGUGAUUACGUGUCUAUGGAGCUACAACGGCGAAGCAACGAGUUCUCUACAAACGAAAAAAUUCGGAUUUUAAUCGGAACUUUCAACCUGAACGGAAAGACCGACGGUAUCGACGAGGACUUGUCGUCUUGGCUUUGCCCCCCCGAACUUGGCGAAGCUCAACCCGAAAUUGUUGCGAUCGGCUUCCAAGAAAUCGUCGAACUUAACCCACAGCAGAUUAUGAACAGUGAUCCGACCAGAAAGCAGUUGUGGGAGCGAGCGAUAAAGGGUACUCUGGAUCGGCACUACAACAGACCUGAUGAUGAGAAAUACGUUUUGUUGAGAAGUGGCCAGCUCGUGGGUGCCGCAUUGUGCAUCUUCGUUAAGGCUUCUGCUCUCCAUAACAUCAAAAAUGUUGAAGGCAGUGUCAAAAAGACAGGGCUUUCCGGAAUGGCUGGAAACAAAGGCGCUGUUGCGAUCAGGCUCGAUUACGCAAACACACCCAUAUGCUUCGUUACAGCACAUCUUGCUGCCGGUUUCACCAACUAUGAGGAACGAAAUAGAGAUUAUGCCACGAUCAGUCACGGCCUCCGGUUCCAAAGAAAUAGGGGGAUUAACGAUCACGAAUCUGUCAUCUGGUUUGGAGACUUCAACUACCGCAUUGGACUGGACCUCGAGAACACCAAGGACCUGGUCAGGAAGGGUGACCUUCCGAAACUAUAUGCGAACGACCAGUUGAACCUACAAAUGAUGGCCGGCUAUGCGUUCCAUUAUUAUUCCGAGGCACGCAUCACGUUUAAUCCGACAUAUAAGUACGAUGUCGGUACCGACACCUUUGACACAUCGGAGAAAGCACGUAUACCGGCGUGGACGGACCGUAUUCUGAGGAAAGGACACAAUCUCCGCCAGUUGUGUUACAACUCGGCGCCAUUGCGAUUCUCAGAUCAUCGGCCAGUAUAUGCUGUCUUUGAGUGCACCGUCAAUAUUGUGAAUGAAAGGAUUCGCAACAAGAUUAGCCGCGACAUUUACGAACGCAGGAAAGCGGAUAUUGGCGGUGACAUGGCCAACCUAGCUGCGGAUGAUUCUGACGAUGAGGAUCUAAUCGGCUACGACGCCAUCGAGCCUGGUCUCCCUCCAGCCAGCUCUGAUCGACAGAAGUGGUGGAUGGACAAUGGCAAAAUGCCCCGAUCCGCCAUCCAGCCACCAAAACCCGAGAGUCCCGCCUUCCAAACCAUUCUUAACCCCAAAAGGCCAGCCAACCCUUACAUGCCCACUGACGAACCUGACUGGGUUAACAUCCCCAGGUCUGAGUCAAGGCUUUCCUCCUUCUCAAGCCUCUCGACAUCACCGUUUGAACAUGUCAAUCAUUCGAUGCUGCUCUCUACUUCGGCGUCAAAUUCGGCGCCUAGAAGGCCCCUCCCUCCUCCAUUUGAUCCGUCGAACCUUCCCGCGAAGGUUGGAAGGUUGCAACUCACCGAAGAUGGGAAGAACGGCAAGUUCGAUACCCCUCCGCCACCACCUCCUCCACGAAGGCAGACCGGGAUGGGUGCUUUAGGUUCUACAUCGGGACCUGCCAUGGCCAGUUCACCAGUGGCCAGGAAGCCUGUCAAUACGGCAGCGACAACAGCCACACCGCCGCUCCCGGCCCGCUCGAUGUCUGUAUCGUCUCAAAACACCGUUAAGCAGAAAGCCGCGCCACCGGUAGCAAAGAAGCCUGCCCACUUAGCAGCACCUUCAUCACCGGGGUCCAGCAGUUCGGCACCUGCGCCCAUGGAAGACACGGUGACACUUAGUAAUUGGAAGCCUCUCCAGCCAGAGCGUUCUUCAAACCCGUCUCUUUCAGGACUGCAGGGAUCCUUAUCCAAGGCCAACGGGAGCUCAUCGAGUUGCACAUCUUUAUCUUCGCUCAGUGAUAGAACUGGAGACACUAACGCGGCCCUACAGCCGCCUCGGCGUGUCAAUACAAGUACGGGAUUUGCGCCUCAGGCACGGUACACGCCACCUGGAGGCGUUGGUCUUAUCGGGUUGGCCGAUGUUCAGCAGAAGACACAGGUUCCGGGACGAAAGCCUGUGCCUGUAUCUGCGCUUGCACCCCCGCCAGCGCUUGUUCAGAAGGCGACGACGAAGCCCGAGGCUCCGCAGCCGCCUCCGCCCAGGAAGUCAAACACCGUGAAUCUUUUAGAUGAUGAUGACAGUGGUGGCAUGCAGAUGGGAGGAUGGCAGGCACUAAAACCUUCAUGA